AUGGAUCAUCUUGUUGGUCUUGAACGACCAGAAUUUGGUCGAUAUGUUGCAAAAAUUAAUGCAUCAAUUUAUAUGUCAGAAAUUUCUAAACAACUAUUAAGUACGAUGGCACCUUAUCGACAUUUAAUACCAUAUUUCAAAACAGUUCCUAUUGAUCAACCAUUUGCAUUAACAAUUCAAUCAAAUGAUCCUGUACAAGCAAAGUUAAAAGAAGGAUCAGCUAAUGAAAGUUUAAAAAGUACAUUAUCAUCACAUGCACAGAAUGUAGGUGAAACAAUACUAGUUACAUGUUUUGGUUCAGGUCAUUGUCCUGGUUCAGUUAUGGUUUGGAUUGAAGGUGAACAUGGAAAUGUUUUAUUUACAGGAGAUUUUCGUCUUUAUCGUGGACAAUCGAAACGUAUAACACAUUUACAUCGACGACGAACUGAUAGUGAUAAUAAAGAUGAAACAUAUAUAUUUAAACCAAUUAAUAAUCUUUAUAUUGAUAUGACAUUUUUUCGUCCAGAUAUUUUACAUAUACCAACAAGAGAAGUUAGUUGUGAAGCACUUAUUUUAUGGAUCAAAGGUUUAGUUGCUGACAAAUCCAAUACAGCUAAUAUUUAUUUUAAAACAAGCGCUCGUGUCGGUUAUGAACAGAUAUAUCGAGCUUUAUACGAUGCUUUAGGAAUGCGUAUUCAUGUUGAACAAGGUCAAUAUGAUUUUUAUUCUUGUUUACCAAUAAUACAAGAAUGUUUAACAACUGAUCCAAAUACAACACGUUUACAUGCAUGUCGUACAUCAGCAUCAAAUUUUGCACAACCUUGUUCCUUUUUUCGUAAUUGUGAUAAACCUAUACGUGUAUUAUUAUCUAUUAUGUGGUUUACUGAUCAAAUAGCUGCUGGCGAAUUAUUAGUUGAAUAUCAUAAAUAUCAUUCAAAUUUUGAACAAAGUGUCUCAACAUCUAAUAAACGUUUUUUUAUUGGUUUUCAAGAUUAUGGUGGUGACGCAAUUGAUGUAUCAUAUUCUGAUAAAUAUUUAAGUUAUCGUUUAUGUUAUUCACUCCAUUCAUCAUUUUCUGAAAUAGCUGAUGUAUUAAAAACAUUAAAACCCAAACGUGUUACCCCAAUCGCAGCACCAUUUACAUCUCAAAUGACACCAAAACGUCUUUUUCAAAUUAUUGAUCAUUAUAUCCAAGAUCCUAAAUCGAAUACAAAAACAACAACUAUGAUAACAACAAUGAAAUUAAAUGAAAAAAUACAACGAAAACCAAUCAAUCAAAAAUUACAAAUCAAACAUCGUUAUGAAUCAUUUCAAACAAAAUCCGAAAGAAAACGAAAAAGGAAAUUAAUGAAAGAACAACAACAAAGAAAAGAUGAUAAUGAUGAUUUAGAUUUAGAUAUUGAUAAUGAUACAGAAAAAUUACUUUUACAACGUGUUAAUUCAUUGAAAGAAGUUAAUACAAAAAAAAUUAGCACAAAUGAUUCAAAACUAAUAAUUCGAUCAAUUUCAUUGCAAUUACCAAAAAUUCAAGAUGAAAAAUUAAAAUUCGAAAGUGAUUCACAAGUUCAAACAUCGAUUGAACCGAAAUUUGAAGAAAAUUUGCAAUCAAGUCAGAUCAAAUCCGAAGAAAUACCUGAUUUAUUAUUAACAAAAGAUAUUCUUCCAAUUUCAAUAGAUCAUCCUAUUGAAUUAUUAUGUACAGCUAGUAACCGUGAACGUACAUUGUCAGAUGCAUCAUCAGAUACAGUUGAUUACGAUUUUGAUAGUGAAACAUGUACAGCAUUUGUAUCAAAUUCUAUUGAUAAUUAA